UCGUAGCUCAGGUGGGCGGGGCUUGUCGAAAUACGGUUGGGGAAGAAAAUAAACAGUGCAGCGGUUUCUCUGUGUUAGCGGAGUAAAAGGCUGUUUUUAAAUGUAGAUCAUUUAUUUGCAGGUUUUCUGACUUCGGUACAUUUUGGGGAAUCGGUGCUCUUUAGUGUACACUUCAGAGUAGUGCACUAGAAUUCUCUCCCUACACCCUCAGUGUGUCUCAGAGUUGAUCGGGACGUGAGUAAGGAGCCGUCAGUGCAAAGGAUUUCGAGAUGCCGGAGAUUAAACUGAAACAUGUCGUGUCUUGCAGCAGUGAGGACAGUACACAUAAAGCAGAUAACCUGUUGAGCUCAGAGACGUACAGGAAGUGGAAAUCUGCUCGUCCAGGAGAGAAACAGGUUUCAGUCAUCCUGCAGUUUGAGAAGGAGGAGCAGGUCCACAGUAUCGACAUUGGGAACGAGGGAUCAGCCUUCAUUGAAGUUCUCGUUGGACACUCGACCUCCGUUAAAGACCACAAUUUUGAGGUGUUGUUGGUGACCUCGUCAUUCAUGUCUCCCUCUGAGAGUCGAGGGAACUCGAAUCUGAACCGUGUGCGAUUCUUCGGCCCUCAGCAGCUGGUGAAAAGCACGAGUCAGGAGAAGUGGGACAGAGUGAAGAUCGUCUGUACACAACCCUACAGCAAGAACAUUGCGUAUGGAGUGGCGUUUAUAAAGUUUCACUCUCCACCGGAUAACGAUGCUCCUGCUGCUACACCACCUAAGUUGACUAAACUGGGUCAGUUCCGGGUGAAGGACGAGUGUCAGUCUCCCGGGUCGAGCCUGCAGCCGGGGAGUCUGUUCCUGAACCGGGAGAAUAAAGACAGCACGGGACUGAAGGUUUCUCCUAAAAACACUACGCUGAGUUACGCAGCAGCGGCGCUACAGACAGAGCCAACAACCUCAAGCUCCGCCCCCUCCUGCUCGCCACAGGCUGCUGUAUCUGUGAAGAGAAAGUUUGAGUUCAGUAAAGAGAGACAGGACGCCCCCCCUCCCCCCGCCAAGAAACACACACCUCCGCCCAAAAGCAACACACAGAAUGCGGAGCACACACACACCUCCACCAGCACAAAAACAGCGUCGUUUUCCCAGAAGUCCCCGGUGCGGAAGUCCUCUGUGAAGCCCCGCCCCCUGGCCUCAGAGCCAGUCCCCUUCAGCCGCAUCAUGGAGGGCGUGGUGUUUGUGCUGAGUGGAUUCCAGAACCCGUUCCGUGCAGAACUCAGAGACAAGGCUCUGUCCAUGGGGGCGCGGUACCGACCGGACUGGACCCCCGACUCCACACACCUCAUAUGUGCCUUUGCUAACACCCCUAAGUACAGUCAGGUGAAGGCAGCAGGGGGGAUGAUUGUGCAGAAGGAGUGGGUGAUCGACUGUCACAAGAGGAAACAGAAAAUCUCCUACAAACGGUAUCUGAUUGACGGAGCGGAGUCGAGCACAGAGGAGGAUGAGGAGGAGGACAGCGCUGCUGAGGAGCAGAGACACGACGAGAAAAAGAAAAGCAAGAGUCCUGCAAAGAGAAGCAGCACCUCAACGAAAUCUGUGAAAGAGGAGAGGAGCGAUGGAUCAAUGGACGAGCGAGAGGAAGAGCGUGAUGAUGAUGGAUCGGGCAUGGACACUGAAGAUGAGCUGAGAAGAGUGGAGAAGAGGAAAGAGGAGAAGGGAGGACAGGAGAUGGAGGAGGACCCGUACGGAGGCUCUACAGAUGAGAACACAGACGCCGAAGAAGAGGAAGACAAACCCAUACCUGAACUACCAGACUUUCUGACAGGGAAGCGUUUUUAUCUUUAUGGGAAAUUUCCGGAGAAUCAGAGACGCCUGCUGCAGCGUUACAUCAUCGCCUUUAACGGUGCUGUGGAGGACUACAUGAAUGAGAAGGUCCAGUUUGUGAUCACCAGUGAGGGAUGGGACGACACCUUCGAGGACGCUCUGAUGGAGAAUGAGAAUCUGAGUUUUGUGAAGCCCACGUGGAUUUUCGCCAUUAAUGAUCGGCAGAAGAUGUUACCCUAUCAGCCCUACACUGUCGUGCCCUAAACACACAGCCCUAAACACACAGCCCUACACUGUAGUGAGGGGGCAAGGGAAUGAUUAUUAGGAGCAUUACACUCUACACUAUAGUGCCCUUAUGUUCCUUCUUCACUCACACACACAUUCUGACUCCAUCAUCAUCUUGCAGUGGUGUUUUAUUAGAAUGUAAAAUGGUCAUCCUGCUCGGCCUCGUCUCAAACCCACUCCUGUUCCCUCCACUUCAUCUUCAUCAUGGUGUGAUUUGGGCCAUGUUUCUACAGCACAGUUGUGCUUGUGAUGAAGUGUGUGUGUGUGUGUGUGUGUGUGAGAGAGAGAGAGAGAGAGAGAUUAAAAAUAGAUGUUUUUUUUUUUUUUUUUUUUUUAAUCUGUGUUCCUGAACCAGUCCAGACAUCAGUUUGUUUACUGUUUGUGUUUAUUAGAUUGAAAUCUUGAGUGUGUUUGUGUUUAGUGUGUUACUGAUUCUGUUUAGUUUGUAAUGAAAGACUUUGAGUGUAAGUGUAUUUCUCCUGAUAUAAUAAAGUUAUUUUCAUUACACAUA